AUGGGGGACGACCAUGGGGAGGACCAUGGGGAGGACCAUGGGGAGGACCAUGGGGAGGACCAUGGGGACGGCGUGUACCAGGACUGGGCCACACGCCUCAUUACAGCUCCUCAGCCCACAGUGGAAAUCAAAAACAGAGACUCCGGAAAUGCUGUUUUCCAGUUUGGAGCAGGUCUCAGGGUCAGGUCAGACUCAGAGUCCCCCUCUUUGGUGUCCCCCUCUUUGGUGUCCCCCUCUUUGGUGUCCCCCUCUUUGGUGUCCCCCUCUUCAGCGUCCCCCUCUUCAGCGUCCCCCUCUUCCGCGUCCCCCUCUUCAGCGUCCCCCUCUUUAGCGCCCCCUAUGGGCCCCAGCAGAGGCAGAGACAGAGGCAGAGUGAGGGCUGGGUCUCUCUCCUCCUCUGGCACAGUCCCAGCUGAGGACCUGGCCAAAGACAUGAAGAACCGUCUGGCUUUCUUACGGAGGAGGAACGAGUCUCCAGGAAGCACCGGGAAACUAGACAAGUCCAUGUCCAAGUCUGUCAAGCCCACCCCCGAGGAGGCGCUGAAGUGGGGGGACUCCCUGGACCGGCUCCUCAACCACAAAUAUGGUCUGGCGGCGUUCAGGGCCUUCCUGCGAACAGAAUUCAGCGAGGAGAAUCUUGAGUUCUGGUUGGCGUGUGAAGAGUACAAGAAAGUCAAGUCUCAGUCCAAGAUGGCGUCCAAAUCCAAGAAGAUCUUUGCAGAGUACAUCGCCAUCCAGUCGUGUAAAGAGGUGAACCUGGACUCCUACACCAGGGACCACACCAAGGACAACCUGCAGAACGUGACGCGCUCCUGCUUCGACCUGGCGCAGCGGCGGAUAUUCGGGCUGAUGGAGAAGGACUCUUACCCUCGCUUCCUGCGCUCAGAACUCUACUUGGACUUAAUCAACCAAAAAAAAUCUAGUGCCACCUCAACUUCGUCCACGUCGUAA